AUGAGUGACAUACGAAAUUUUUUGCAAAAGAAACGCAAGAUAGAAUUAAGUCCAUCAAGUAUAAAUGAAGGCAAUCAUGACAUAGGUGAUUUAAGUAAUUUAAGUACUAAUAUUUCUAAUAGUAGCCAACAAAAAGAAGAACCACAACUUCUUCAUCAGUUGACUGUUGGUGCUAAUAAAUUAGAUAUUGGACUGUAUUUGAAUUCCUAUGUUGAUGACGAAUUACGUUUAAAGUUAUUGAAGGACCCCUGGGUUCCUUCAAAAACAUAUGACUUCAAAAAAGAUUUGACCAACGGCUCUACGAGAGCUCAUGAAAUUAGUAUUUGGCAUAAAGAUGCAAUUAACGCAUCACAACAUUUUUUAAACUCAAAAGAGAGAAAACAAUUGAGUGUUCAUGAGCAAAUAGAUUCGGCAUUUAAUAGAGAAAUAGAAGAAAACAGGUUGAAACUUCGUUCUAUCAUAUCGUCAAUCUUAUUUUGUGCAAAGCACGAUCUUCCACUAAGAGGUAAAAAUGACGAAGGUUCAGUUUUUACAGAUUUAUUACAAUUCCGUGUCGAAUCGGGGGAUGAAAUUUUGAAUAAGCAUUUAAAGUCUGGAGCUAAAAAUGCGUUGUAUAUCUCACAUGAAGUUCAAAAUGAACUAAUUAAAACUUGUGCUAAUGUACUUCGACAAAACAUUAUUGAAGAAGUGAAACUUUCAUCUGUUUUUUCGGUCUUAGCUGACGAGACUGCCGAUAUAAGUGGCACCGAACAAUUGUCAAUAGGUGUUCGGUAUUUGUUUUACGACGUUAAGUUUCAAAAACACAAAAUUUGUGAAGAAUUUUUUGGUUACUCGCCUCUUACAAAACUAGAUUCUAAAUCCAUUGCCAAAACCAUCAUUGAAUUUUUAGAAAGUUGUAAUUUAGAUUUGAAUCGACUUGUGGGCCAAGGAUAUGAUGGAUGCGCUACAAUGGCUGGGCAUAUAAGUGGCGUUCAAAAAUUAAUUAAUGAAGCUUAUCCUAUGGCGCUAUUCUUCCAUUGUACUAGUCACGUAUUAAAUCUUGUAUUUAAUGAUUUAAAUAACAGAGAGAGCACAUUGCGUAGACAAAUUAUUCCCAAUAUUCCUUUACUAUGUGAAACUCGUUGGUCAGCAAAAUAUAAGAGUAUUAGAAUUUUUGCUGACAAUUUUAUUGUUAUUGUCAAAGCUUUGGAAGAACUAUCAAAAAGUACAGCAAAUUCAAAAACCAAAAUUAAAUCAUAUCAACUCUUUACUGCUGCUACUACACCAGUUUUUAUUGUUACAUUGCAAGUAAUAGCUGUUUAUUCCGCUAAAUUUGAACCAGUAUGCAAUCUACUUCAACAAGUUAAUAUAAAUUUGAAAACGGUGAACAAUCACAUAACCAAACUAGUUGAUAUUUUGCAGUUGUAUAGAAAUGAUUCGUCGACUGAAUUUUCCGUAUUAUUUGCAAAAUCUAAAGAAAUCGCUGAAGAACUUGAUGUUGAAAUACGUCCACCUCGAGUAGCUGCACGACAAAGUCAAAGAUCAAAUCAUCCAUCUACAAACCAUGAAGAGUUUUUCAGAAUAUCCAUUUUCGUUCCUUAUCUUGAUUCAGUUAUAUCAUCAUUAAAAGUUCGCUUUUCUAAAAUUCACAAUCAAUCAUUUUCUCUAAUGGAUCUUCAUCCCUAUGCUAUGAAAAACAUGAGUAAAGAACAGUUUAUUUGCACAUCAAAUGAUAUUGUAAAACUCUAUGGAAAUAUUUUGUCAUCAAAUUUUGUAACUGAAGCCACAACAUGGUAUGAAAUGUGGAAUAAUGAUACAAAACCAUUAGAUUCUAUUGAAUACUUAGAUUUGAUCGAAAUGUCACAAGAUUUCUAUCCAGCUGUAGCCGACGCAAUCAAGAUCGGAGCAACUCUUCCAACAACAACCUGCAGCAUUGAACGUUCAUUCAGCACUUUAAGACGAGUUAAGACAUGGAACAAAGCCACUAUGAAUGAUGACCGAUUGUCCGGAUUGUGUAUGAUGAGUGUACAUAGAAAAAGACUAGGAGAGGAUACCAAAUUCAUUGAAAAUGCAAUUGAAGAAUUUGGAAAAAAACCUAGGCGUUUACAAUUAUUAUUUAAAAAAUAA